AUGAGCGACAAUAGGCCAGAUCCUCCUCCAGAAACCUGUGAAGCAACCAUUCCUGAAAGCUCGAGCCAGCCCAGUAGUCGAGUCAAACAGGGUACUUGGAAAUUUGCGAAAAAGAUCACCAAGAAACUUUCUAAACGCUUCAAGUGUUCCCGCAAGCGUAUUCCUGCGAUCCAGAAUGUCGGACGUCAAGGUGCUUCAUCCAGUGAGAACAUCCAGGUUCUCGACGUCCACUCUAGCAUAGAGGAAAUCUCUGGUCCCAAAUCAGUUGAUGCCGAACUUCAGGGUGCUCACAAGGCUUUAGAAAACAUGAAAACACCCUGGAGACAUGCGCAGCCUGUGAUAUCCGCUGUCAACAAUGCCCCAGCAGGUCUCACUGCCGUAGAUAAUUUCCAGACCAAUUACCUCCAACCCCUGAAAAUUUUCGACACUGCUAUCGACAAGAUCGCAAACGUGCAUCCAUACGCAAAGAUGGCGUUGGGCGUACUUUCUGCUGCAGCCAAAAUUAUUCUUGCUCAAGCGGAGCGCGACGAAUCAGUAGAUCGCCUUCUUCAAAAAUUAGAUGAAGUUUAUGGUUUCAUUACCCAAGACGAUAAUCUUUCCAGGGUUGAAUCGAUGCGUGAUGUCAUCGGAAAGAUUGCUCAGCAGACUCUCGAGUGUGCCCGUUUCAUCAGGGAAUACUCGGCGACGAAAAGUUUCUGUGGGUCAUAG